AUGCUGUUCAACGUGGGCCUGGUGGCGGACGCCGGCCACCCGCGGCCGGUGAAGCUGGCGGCGGUGGACCUAGCGCGCAACAGCCACUGGUUCCAGCUGCUGAUGGCCAACCGCCACGAGCUGUCGGGCACCGCCGCCAGCUGCGUCGUCAUCCCCUGCUGCAUGGAGCAGGAGCUGCUUGAGCUGAUGGUGGGGGCGCUGUACGCCAGCAGCAUUGACCUGGGGCCAGACAACGUGGAGCCGGUGUACAGGGCGGCAGACGCCAUGCAGAUGCCGGCCCUGAUGGCGGCCUGCGAGAGCUACCUGGCAUCGACCGCCUUUGAGGAUCCCGAGGCGGACCCCGCCUGGAUCACCGCGGUGUAUGAUCUGGCCUGCGACCUCAGCAGGGUGGAGUUUGCGUCCUCCCUGGCGCGCCACUUUGCGUGCGCGGCGCAGCGGGACGCGGCGGGUCGCCGCGUGGUGCUCUCCCACAUCCUGCGCAGCCCCCCCUACGCCGGCGACGGCGCCGCCCAGAUGGCCCUCCUGCGGCAGGGCCAUGAUGCGGCGUGGAACGGGCAGGGCCCCGAGGUCCUUCUGAUCCACGUGAUGCUGGAGGUGGCCGCGGCCCUGGACCCCGACACAGUGCCCGCCAUGCUGGACCAGGUGGAGUGGGGCGCCUUGCAGCAGGAGGAGGUGUCAGCCCUGGUGGACUGGUGCCUGCAGAUGCCGCGCCACUGGGCCCUCACGCCGCUGCUCAAGGACAGGGUGCUGCAGGCGGUGGCUGCACAAAUCAGCGGCCACCACCAGAGACGCAGCUGA